UGGAAAAGACCUUCCCGAACAUGGAGCUGAUAACGCUGGUCUUAGCUGGUUUCGUCUGUCUUUCCGGAGUCGUUUACUACUUCCUGAGACGUGAACAGCAACAAUGGUCACGAUUGGGUGUUCCGACUGCGAAGAAUCCACACCUGCUUUACGGAAACAUACGAGGAAUAUUCCAGAAAGAGCACAGCUGCGAAGUUCUUCAACGGUUGUAUUGGGAGUUCAAGGGGCGUGGGCUAAAGCUGGGUGGAAUCAUGAACUUCUUCCAGCCGGCGGUUCUGGUGGUUGAUCCGGAGAUCAGCAAAAGUAUUCUGGUUAAGGACUUCCAUAAAUUUCACGAUCGUGGAGUUUUCGUGGAUUCGGCAGGAGAUCCUCUGAGUGCCAAUUUGUUCAGUCUGGAAGGUGCUGAAUGGAAGGCAAUGCGUAUGAAGAUGUCGCCGACGUUUACGUCGGGUAAAAUGAAGUUCAUGUUCGGAUCAGUGCUGAAGGUGGCAGAUCAGUUGAAGGAGUACAUAGCGGAGAAUUGUGUGAAGGAGAAUAUCGAGCUGAAGAAUAUCCUGCAGCGGUUCACAAUGGACGUGAUUGGUAAUGUGGCAUUUGGAGUGGAGUGUAACUCGAUCAAGAAUCCAAGCUCCGAGUUUCGGUUGAUGGGUCUUAAAGCAAAUGAGUUCGAUGGGAUAACGUUCUUUAAAUUCUUCAUCGGAGGCGCCUACAAAAACUUUGCCAAAAAGAUCAAACUGAAGGUCAUUAAGGAAGAUGUACAUAACUUCUUCAUGAAUUUGGUCCAUAGUACCAUCCAAUACAGAGAAGCAAACAGUGUGCAGAGAAACGAUUUCAUGGAUUUAUUAAUAAAGAUUAAGAACAAUGGCAAGCUCAGCGAUGAACCGAAUUCCGGUGGAGAGGGAAUUACCGUUAGUGAAAUUGCGGCACAAUGCUUCAUAUUUUUCACCGCCGGAUUUGAGACUUCGUCGACCACUAUGAACUUUUGUCUCUACGAAUUGGCCAGAAACCCAACAAUUCAGGAUCGACUUCGGCGAGAAAUUGAAGAGUCGAUUGCGAAGGACGGCGGAGAAUUGAAGUACGAUACCUUAUUUGGAAUGUCUUACUUGGAUCGCGUCGUUAGCGAAACCCUCCGAAAGUACUCUGCAGUGGACAACCUCUUCCGGAUGUCCAACUCCCCGUACACACCAGAAGGUUGCGAUUUCACCAUUCCUGCUGGCACUAUGUUCCAAAUCCCCAUCCAUUCGACGCACCACGACCCGGACUAUUUCCCGAACCCGCAACGCUUUGAUCCGGAUAGGUUCCUUCCGGAAGCGGUAAAAUCUCGACAUCCCUUUGCCUAUCUUCCGUUCGGAGAAGGACCUCGCAUUUGCGUUGGAAUGCGGUUCGGGCAGAUGCAGACUAAGAUUGGUUUGGUAACAUUGCUGCGGAACUUCCGCUUCGCUCCCAUGAGCGAAACUCCAGAUCGGUUGGAGUUUGACGCAAAGGUGUUCGUGUUGACGCCUAAGACGGGAGUGUACUUGAAGAUUGAACCGAUCGAUCGUAUUCCGAAGGUUUGACGAUUCAAAUUAUUAGUCGAUUGGAACAUGUUGGACCGCGACCUGUGUGUGGACCAAAAAUGAAGCUGCACGAGUAAAAAUCAAGAAUUUUGCAAGUCAGGCUGUUUGCAUUUCACAUCAUUAUUGACAUGUAUCGUCGCUUUGCCUUUGCGGCGGAAUGUAUAUUAUUGACUGCAGUACAGCGUUACGGUAGAUUACGUUGCUGUCAAUCAUCGCAAGCAUGCGUGAAAUUGAUGAGCGGUUGUGACAAUAAAUAACAAAACGAAAAUGUUAUUUGCUUCCCACAAAAUCAUGACUGACCCAUGUAGAAAGGGGAUGAACAAUUAUGAGACAGAUGUACUUGUAAAGGGUAAGGGCAUUUGUGGUUCAAUCACACUUCUUUACAUUGUUCGACGGCUACAUUGUUGAGCAAAUUUUUGCUGCACAGAUAAAUAUUUGCCCUGUGCGCUAUCGCUAUUGCAGAAGUAUUGCGGUGAAGACACUGGCAUGAUUGGAUACAAUAACUCACUUCUAUUCACUGAUCUAUUGUACUUUCGGAGAUGAAGAAUUAUUUUUGAUAUACUAAUGCUAAUCCCCUUUUUUUAAAAGAUGUUCGCUGGAGUACCUAGUUUAUUUUCAUAAUACUAAUUUGUUGGAUUUAUCUUAUACAUACUUAUAGAAAUGCUAAAGCAAUAAUCAGAAUUAGGUUUGAAGAAGGUAUUGAAAAAGGUUAAAAGAUUGGGUAACUUGUACUUUAUUUUACUUUAUUUUUGAAUAACAUCCUUUUUCCAACAAGGCUUGAGUAACAUAUUGUUCCUCUAAAUGUUCACUUCAUUGAACUAAUAUGAACGUCUAACCUGCUAAACUAUUUUGAGACAUAUAUCUUAAAAUAUAAGAUGUGGGGGUUGAUUGGCUAGAUGAAAAUCAAUUGUUUUUAACCAUAACGAUUAUGCAUUUUUUUUAGAUCGUAGGAAAACUAUGGAAGAAAUUAUCUAUGAAGUAUUGCUAACAAGCUGUCAAAUAUGUGUCGUAAACGUUUCAUAUCAUUCCACAUAUUAUGCUUUAGUUUCCUUAAAGGAAGUGAAAAUUGGCGACAACGAACUAAAAUUCUGUGCCCAACAGAGUGCAUGUAUUACCUGAUAGCGAAGAAGGAAGAACAGUUUCCGGCACACUUACCUGAAAUGAAAAGCAAAAGGAUAUUUUUUUGUUAGAAUCUCAGAAUGAAUGUGGAAAACGGUGCUGAGGACCGCAAACAUUUAUGAAAUAUGCAAAAAUAUCCACCAGUACGUUAGACGGGUGCUUAACCACUAUGCUACGGUACGUAAUGCUAAAACAUCUUAUAUGCUUGGUUUUUAGACGCAAGUUUUAGCCUGGAAAAGUUGGCUCAGUGACUUCGGAGAAGUGUUUCAGUUUGUUAAACUCUAUAUUUUGGGAAAAAAUUGUGAUUAAUCCCCCUGAAAGUGCGAUGGAAAUUCUCUUUCCUCCAAUUGUGAAGAUACAUCUUUGUUGUCUUUGAGAAAGUUGUUACGAAAAAUUUUGCUGUACAAACUUUUGUUCUACCUGCUGUAGAAGUCGAGAUGUGGGUCGUUAUUUAUGAAUACUUUUUACUUUUUACUCGUCAAUACUUUUUUAGGUUUUUGGAAAGUUCUACAAGUUGUUCGUCGCAAUAAACAUGAACAUGAACAUGAACCUUUUGAAGACAGUUUUUUUUAAAUAUUCAAUAUUGACGAUUUUCGGUUCAAAAAUGAGCAUUUUGACAUUAACUGUAUACAUUUAGGGGCAAAGUGGGGCAGACUUUUAAUGAGGAAAAGGAAAGUAUAACUCCAGCACUAAUGGUUGAAUUCCAACAUAUAUGUGCCAAAGCUUGACGUAAGUGCUGUAAGGGUGUCCUUUUCUUGAUCUUGACUAAAAAUGAUUUGGUCUGUGUUUCGCACAACUAAGAAACGGUUGGAUUGAUUUUAUUCAUUCCUUCAGCAAGUUUGGCCAUCAAAAUCUCCGACGGGUUCACAAAAUAUGUUCUCAUGUAAAAUGUGAAAAAUUCAAAUUAGAAUUUGUAUGUGAGUUUUGAAUGGGCAUAUCACAACCACGCAUUCUCGCCUACUGUGCAAGAUCAUGUCGGCCGGGUCAUCUAGUUUGGCGGUUCUCAAUCUGAUGUACAUGUACCCCUAGGGGUACCUUCGCUGGCCCC